CUUCACUCGAUCAAUACCCAAAUACGUAAAUACCCAACUCUGCAGCACAAGCUAUCGCAACCACGCGUUCAAAAACGGAUCAAACCCCAGAAAGGCCAUUAUAUUCCGUAGUGGACUCAGUUACCAAGCGACGCAACAUAGAACUGCCGGGCUGCCGAGCUGUUUAGAGCCUCUAUUAGACAAACUACAACACCUCGCAAUACCUUGCACGAAAGCCAAGUGUCAUCGUCACCCAGAAGCACAAUGCCGACUCUCGUCAUUCUUGGCGCCGGCAUAGCUGGGUUGCCCAUUGCCCACCAUGUCUUGAAGCACACAACUCCGCUUGUCAAGGACCUCAAGGUCAUCCUGGUGACGCCCAAUACUGACCAUUACUGGAACCUCGCCUCCGUGCGCGGUGUCGUCCCUGGCCAGCUCGGUGAUGACAAGCUCUUCCAGCCCAUCGCGCCCGAGUUUGCCAAGUACCCCAAGGAAAGCUACGAGCUCGUCUUCGGCAAGGCCGAGACGCUCAGCGACGACAAGAAGACCGUCAUCGUCAAGACCAACGACGGUGCCCACCGCACCAUCGCCUACGACGCCGUCGUCAUCGCCACGGGCACCCGCUCCAAGGAUAACAUGCCGUGGAAGGAGGUCGGCACGACGGAAGAGACCAAGCAAGCCCUCGGCAGCCUCCGCAAGCAGAUCGCCGACGCCAAGACCAUCGUCGUCGCCGGCGGCGGCACCACCGGCGUCGAGACGGUCGGGGAAAUCGGCUUUGAGUUCAACGGAAAGAAGGACGUCUACUUAGUCUUUAGCAGCGACCUGCCCCUCGCCGAGCCUCUGAACGACAACGUCCGCAAGGCGGCGCUCAACGAGCUGCGCAAGAUGAACGUCAAGACGAUCCCCAACACCAAGGUCACGAGCGUCAGCACAGGGGCCGACGGACGGAAGACGCUUGAGCUCACGGAUAAGAGCGGCAAGACGACGACGCUCCAAGCGGACGCGUACGUCCCCACCACCGGCAACGUCCCCAACACAUCAUUCCUGCCGGCGAGUAUGUUGGACACGCAGGGUUACGUGAACCAGGACGCGAGCCUCCGGGUACCGGGCCACGAAAACAUCUUCGUGGUGGGCGACGUCGGGAACCUUGAGGACGGGUACGCUCGCCUCGCCGACCAGCAGACGCAACACGCGGUCAAGAGCAUCCAGGCGCACUUCACCGGCGCGUCGAGACCGGCCGACUAUGUCGUCGACACCAAGGUCCUUGGCGCCGUCACGAUCGGGCGGAGCAGGGCAACGGGCCAGAUGGGCACGUGGAAGUUGCCGAGCAUCCUCAUCUGGCUGUUCAAGGGGCGGUUCCUGGGCACCGACUAUGCCAAGGACCUUGCGGCCGGCAAGAGGACGGUACUGGUCACGAAGAACUGGUGAGGCGGCGGUUAAUGGUUCAUCGCAUGUAUUUGUUGGUCGGCGCUUUCGGCGCUUGGGCGCCGUGAUGGAUACGGCGAUAAGGUCACCCGGCUUUUUGUUUCUUCAUUGUUCCAUCGCGUAGCCAAACGGUUUCUCCUUUCUUCUGGUAUGGAUCAUCAAUCCAUUGGCGGUCAGACUAGGCACGGCUGAAUGAUGAUUAUUUUAAAUUUUUUGAGACUGGCUUGAUCAUGCUGAUAGCCCUGAUCCCAAGGAUGGAUGUUUGGUGAUGUGUGGUUGAAGCGGGAUAUGGUAGAGGCCGGACGGAAGUGGACACACUGUGGAUGUCAAUGGAAAACUCAGCAAUUUUCACAGUGCCAGAACUCAGUGCCCCCCGCUGACGGAUCCCACGGUACUUGCCCUGACCGCCCGCCCCAAUACGGUCUAGCGCCGAAUUCCACCGGGUUCAUAAUGGCGGCGCGCGAACGAAAUUCUUUCUCUCUUUCUUCUUCUUUUUCUUUUCCUUAGAUCAAAAAGUAACCCAGAGCUGCCACGACCUACAUCCAGUCUUUUAUCCACGGUGUCGAGUUGCCUUUUCUCCUCUUCGGAGGGGAUCGCUCUGCAGAUUAAAAUCCCUUGAUUAUAGGAAGUCUCCUCCCAGGCCCUUUCGGGCGGUGGGUGAGUGAUGCUGUUGAUGGGGGACAUGCCACUGCGCGCAUGACCGAGUUACUAUUUUAUCGCUUGCUCCGGUCUGAUGAGUGUUUGAAGGUCCGUGACAGGGCAUUGCCAGUCAUUGUUUCGUUCGUGUAGACCCA